AUGCGCAAUCCCCGCCGAGGUGGGAACGCGCCGCGCCCUUUAGUACAACUCGCCGGCCACGAUCAAGGAGGGGAGAAACGCGUGUUCAGCCUCGUGUAUCUCUGCACCAUGAUUUUGUCGGGUUUUUAUAUUGUUUUUCGUUCCCUGUGGCGUUGGAGGAGGUGGCUAGAAGUGGGUUUUGGAGCCCACAGAGGUAUCAUGUGGAUCGGUAGUCCCUACAGGAGUUUGAACGUUUCCGAUGCAAUGUGGACUCGCCGGUAA